AUGAGCUACAAUAGCAAAACUAUUGAUUUGAUUCUCAAGGUUUAAGAACCAAAUUAAAAGUAAUUCACAUCUUUUCAAUAAUUCUUCAAAACUAAUAACCCACCUCCAUUGUUAUUUGAAAAAAACAUAACUCCAAAAAAUGUCAAAGCUUAGCGUUCCUUUUCUAAUAAAACAUAAGAUUCAAUUAAGGAAACAAAAAGAAAAAGUUUUAGCCAACCUAAAUACCCAGAAUAUAGGAUGUUAAAAAUAUAUGCCAGAAUUAAGCCUGGUGAAUGUUAACUUAACUAUGAUAAGUCAUCAAUUCUUAUUGAUACAAAUUCAUAUAAUUUUGAUAGAGUAUUUGAAUAAUAAGCAACAUAAGUAUAUUAAUAAUUUAUCAAAGGGGGAUAUUUUUGACGUUGUGGCAAAAUAAACAGUAGAUGAUUUUCUUAAUAAUAUAAAUGGAUGUUUAAUAGCAUAUGGAUAAACAGGAAGUGGAAAAACUUUCACUAUGUUUGGUGAAUCAAACAAUCCUGGAAUAGUUUUAAGAACAUUUACACAUUUGUUAUAAAGAAAUUAAGAAACUAUUUAUGUUUCAAUUCUUGAAAUUUAUAAAGAUCAUAUUUAUGAUCUUGUUUCUGGUGUUUAAGAUUUAAAAAUGAAAGAAGACUUAUAAUUAGGUUUUUAUGUAGAUGGAUUAAAAAGAAUUGUAAUCAUUUAUAUCAUAUAAUUUAGAAAGUUGAUAAAUUAGAAAAUUGUUAAGAAUUGCUUUAGAUAGCUGAAGAAAAUAGACAUGUUGCUGAGACUAAAUUAAAUGCACUAAGUAGUAGAAGUCAUUUAAUAUUGACAAUUUAAAUGGGAAGAGCAAAGCUUUAUUUAGUUGAUUUAGCAGGAAGUGAAAAAGUAAAUAAAACUGGAGCUAUUGGUGAAACACUUUAAGAAGCAAAGAAAAUAAAUUAUUCAUUAUCUUGUUUGGGACAUGUCAUACAAUGUUUAUCAUAAGGAUAAGAUCAUAUUCCAUAUAGAGAUUCUAAACUUACUAAAUUAUUAAUGGAUAGUCUAUAAGCAGAUUGUAGAACAUCUAUUGUAAUCAAAUAUAUAAGAUUUUUAGAUUGUAGCAAUAUCUCCUGAAAAUAAAAACUUAGAUGAAACUGUUUCAUCUUUAAAAUUUGCUUAGAGGGCUAGAUUUAUUAAGAAGGAAAUUAGAAUUGCAACAUAGAAAAAGACAUAUAGAGAUUUAGAAUUAGAAAUUAGUUAACUUAAAUAGGAAUUAUUGGAAACAAAAUAAAGAAUGAGUUAAACCAGUUCAGUUUCACAAUUUCAAUGUCGAUAUACAACUGAUUCUGAAAUUCCAUGUUCAGAAAGUUUAAGAUUGACUUAUAGAAGUUUGAACACUGAAAAUAAAGAAAAUUGCGUGCCCAAUCUCAAAAUCUAAGAAAAUAGUGCUUAAUUAGAAUUAGAUAAAAAGAUUAAUUAAAUUUUGAUUGAAUUAUAGGGAUUAAAUAAAGAGUAGAAUUUUGAUAAUGUUAAAAGGUAGGUUGUUAAAAUAAAUGAAUUAACCAUAGAAAUGAAGAAAACCUAUAAACUCUUAGUUAGUACUUAAGGCUUGAAUAAUAAUCAUUUACAAAUUCAAUGUUAAUUUAUUGAAACUUAAUAAGAAUAAAAUAAACAGUUACAAAAAAUUGCAGAGCAAAUCUCAAAUAUGGAUUCAAGCAAACCAAGUUUUAAUAUUGCAAUUAACAAUAUGAUUAAGAAUCUCUAAAAAUAAUAAUAAUAAAAUAUUGAUGAUAUGCAAUGUAAAUUAGAAAAAAUGUAUUAUGAUAUUAAAAAAACAGCCACUGCUUAAGACUAUAAUUUUAAUCAUUUAGCAUUGAAAUUAGUUGCCUCUCCUAAUAGAUAACAAUAAUACUAAUAAUAAUAAAUGAAAAGAUCUAAAUCAAAACCUAAUAUAAAUCCUUCUGUAAAGUAUUUAAAAAAUAAAAAAUGA